AUGAAGGCCCACUUGUUCCACCUCUCUCCCCUGCUGGGCGUCGCCCUCGGCGCGGCGAUCCCAAACAACGACGGCUUCCCGGCCCCCAACGACCAGCAGAAGCUCGGCAUCGCGGUGCAGGCCGGUGGGCUGCUGCCCAACACCCCGCCGCCGACCUCCCUCGGCGCCGGCAGCGCCACCGCGUUCCAGCUCAUCGCCUUCAACGAGCUGUUCGAGACGGCCUACUUUGGCUCGCUCGUGCAGAAUAUUUCCGCCGGCGUGGAGGGCUACCAGGCUGAGAACAAGGACGAGCUGGUCAAGAUCUUUUCAACGGUCCUGGCUCAAGAAGAACAGCAUGCGUUGGCGGCAGUCUCGACGCUUCAGGGCGCGGGUGUAUUCGCCCCGUCAGCCUGCCAGUACCAGUUCCCCGUGUCGAACCUCAAGGACGCCGUCAACCUCGCCGAGACCUUCACCGCCGUGGUCCUCGGCGCGCUGCAGGGCGCAAACGUCCUCUUCGCCAAGGACGGCGCCCCAGGUCUCAUCCAGACCGUCUCGUCCGUCAUCGGCCAGGAGGGCGAGCAAAACGGCUACUACCGCGUCUUCCUCGACAAGGUGCCGUCCGAGUCGCCCUUCCUGACCGCGGUACCCGCGCCCUUUGCGUGGUCCGCGCUGCAGAUGUUUGUAGUGCCCGGCUCGUGCCCCUUCCCGCUCAGCAACAUCAACCUGCCCAUCUUCCCGCCCCUGAUGACCAACGGCGGUGCCGUCGCGGCGAUUGAGCCGCAGGACCAGGACCUUUCAUUUGCGGCUGAUUUGUCGAGCUCGGAUGCCGCCAAGCAAUACGUCGGAGGCGACGGCAGCAACCUGUACCUGACUUACACGACGGGGCAGCAGCUACCCAUCUCUGUCCCACUCAAGAAUGUGCAGUGGAGUGGAAAUCACAUUAGCUUCUCCGCCGAGUUCCCUUUCUCGAAGAACGUCAUGCAGGGCUUCAGCCACGCGGCGCUCACGACCAAGAACAGCUUCGAGAGUGCCGACGCGGUCGUCGAGGCUGCGCUGGCGGGACCCGGUGUCAUUCAGGUAAACAAUGCUCUGUGA